GGCACGCAGCACCCUUGGGCUCCUGGGCACCACCAGCCCGGAGCUGAAGGGGUUACAGCGGCGGGGUGCGGGUGUCCCUCGGGGUGUCCCCGCCGCSGAGCAGAGCGGCCACGAUGGUCCCGGGGCUCGCAGGGGCUGAGCCMUCUCCGGGCUGGUACAUCCGGGACGGGGCCAGCGGGAUGCUCUACAAGCGGGGACGGCUCCUGGGACAGGUAAAUGCCCUUCCCUGCACCCCCGAACCGCCCCUCCCGCGCCCCCUCCCCGCUGGGCACCCCGGGGUGCGGGGGUCACACAGCCCCGAGGUGAGGGGAACCCGCCCCAUCCCUCUGGGGAAAGGGAAACUGAGGCAGAGGGUUGAGCCCCAGCAGAUCCGGUCCCUGGGGCUCCUCACCCCAAACAGAGGGGCAKUGGGUGGGCACCCCGAGCCUCGGGCUGUGCCCCGCUGCCCAUUCCCCCCGGGGUCAUCCUCGCAGGGCACCUUUGGGCGCUGUUACCAGCUGUCCGAAGUGRCCAGUGGCCGGGUCUACGCGGCCAAGGUCAUCCCGCGAGCCCGGCUCGCCGCUGCGGCCAUCGGGGCCAGGGUGAGUCCGGGAGGGGGUGGGGACAGUCCCCAGGGAGAGGGGACAGCACCCAUGGGGUCCCCGCAGAGCCACGCGUGUCCCUCCCCGGGGGUCUGGGUGGGUUCCCAUCCCCUCGGAGGGGUGCCGGGGGUUCCCGGUUGUACCGGGGGUCCCCGGUUAUCCCGAGGGUCCCCGGGGGGCUGCGGGGUUGUGUCGGUGCAGGUGGAGCGGGAGCGGGAGCUGCAGUGUCACCUGCGCCACCCGCACAUCGUGCGCCUGCACGGCCACUUCGCCGACCGCGGCCACGUCUACCUGCUGCUGGAGCUCUGCAGCCGCGGGUCCCUCGCUGACAUCCUGCGGGCGCGGGGCCGCCUGACGGAGCCGGAGGUGCGCUAUUACCUGCGGCAGCUCCUGUCGGGGUUGCGCUACCUGCACGGACACGGGAUCGUGCACCGGGACCUCAAACCGAGCAACUUCUUGGUGACGGAGAGGAUGCGGGUGAAGAUCGGGGACCUGGGGCUGGCACAGCCGGCGGCGCCACCCGGGAGGCGCUGGGGGGCACUCUGCGGGACACCCAGUUACCUGGCCCCGGAGGUGCUGGACCGCAGGGGACACGGGGUGCCCUCGGACAUCUGGGCACUGGGCUGCGCUCUGUACGCGGUGCUGACCGGGCACGCCCCGUUCGAGCCGCGGCCCCGGCCGGAGCUGUACCGGCACAUCCGCGGCGCUCGGUACCCGCUGCCCGCCCGGCUCUCGCCCCGUGCCCGUGCUCUCAUCGCCCACAUGCUGCACCCCGAGCCCGCCGCACGGCCCAGCCUGGACGCGGUGCUGGGCCACCCCUUCCUCACGCAGGGUUUCACGCCGCACAAGCUGCCAGCCCGCGCCUGCCACUCCGUGCCCAUCUUYGUGGGCCAGCACCCGCUGUGGCGGAUGGUGACAGCGCUGCGCUGCUGGCAGGGGUGUGGCUGUGUCCCUGUCACCYCGGGGAGCAGCCGUGCCCCACCCUAACGGAGCCGGAACCCGAAUAUCGGCGGAGGAAAACCUUUAUUAGUGUUGGGAACCGUCUAAAUCCAGUCAUGGAAACAAGCGGGGAUGUGACCGGUACACACACACACACACACACACACACACACACACGCACACGCCGGUUUGCUCUUAAAACUGUUAACAGGAAAAAAAAAA